UUUUUUUUUUAAAAAAAAAAAAAUCCAUUUAGUGUUAGAUUAGUACGUACUGACGUAUACAAAUAUAACUAAUAUAUACGAAUAAUACCCGCGAGUCAGUCAACACUUUAUAAAAUGGCACCCCUGAAAAUUCUCGUUUCUGGCGGUGGCAUUGCGGGGCCGGCCCUUGCAUUCUGGCUUGGCCGCAGAAGUCAUCACCACGUGGUAGUCGUUGAACGCUUUCCCGCCCUCAGGGCCACAGGCGCCCAAAUUGACCUCCGCGCUCAGGGUAUCGAGAUGGCAAAGCGUAUGGGGCUUCUCGAAGAAAUACGCAAUAUACGUGUGGACGAAGCGGGUGUGUCCUUUGUAGAUUCUGAAGGGAGGAUCAAGGGAACCGUCAUGGCCAACACCUCUGGCAAAGGUGCCCAAUCUCUGACCUCUGAAUAUGAGAUCAUGCGCGGAGAUAUCGUACGCCUGCUCUACGAUACGACCAAAUAUCAUGUAGAGUACGUCUUUGGAAAGACAGUAGAGAGCUUCGAGCAGGACGAGAAACAAGUUACUGCUCAUUUCUCUGAUGGAUCAUCCGACACGUUUGACCUCCUAGUCGGGGCGGACGGCCAGGGGUCGCGUAUUAGAAGAGCUAUCCUACCAUCUGACACAUCGGAACCUUACAGACGAAUUGGUAUAUACAUAGCGUAUUGGUUUAUACCUCGUGAAGAAGGGGAUACUAAUAUCCGCAGGACGUAUCUAGCUCCCGGCGGCCGCAUGAUCUUCCGCCGGACUCACAACUCCACUGAAACACAAGUUUAUCUCUUCCUAAAAGACGACUCGCCAGAGCUACGUAGCCUUCCAAGAGCCCCCGUGGAACAGCAGAAGGAGUUCUGGACGCAAAGAUUCCGCGGUGCGGGAUGGCAGACUGACCGGUUUCUUGAAGGUAUGAAGACCGCGGAGAACUUCUACUGCCAGGAAGCCCUUCAAGUCUGCACGAAUACAUGGUCCAAAGGCCGUGUUGUACUCCUUGGCGACGCAGCACACUGUGCGUCUCCUUUCAGCGGUAUGGGAACUACGGGAGCUCUCGUCGGCGCCUACGUCCUAGCUGGCGAAAUCAAUCGGAGUCCCGACAACCUGCCCCAAGCCUUUGCGAGCUACGACGAGAAACUUCGGCCCUUCGUCGACGUGAUCCAGGAUAUACAGCCAGGCCUGGUCCGAUUAGGCAUGCCCGAAUCGCGGUGGGGCAUCAUGUUAAUUCAUUUCAUUGCGGGCUUGCUCUGCUUUCUUCGUAUUCCCGAGCUCAUCGCGAGAUUCUCAAGGGAGGAGAAAGGUGGGUGGAAGGUGCCAGAGUAUGCAGAGCUUAGCCAUUCACAGUAAGACCCUGACAACACGCAAAAUACCACACUACGCACGAAGGGGAAAAAAUGAAAAUAAAAAAUAAACACAGAUGGUGGGUCUAGAGGUAAAAGACCCAAGGCUUUAUGACACAUACCGGUACACUAAUAACAUAACUACUGGAUCUCCGCUUCGGUAUAUAAUAGAUACCUACCUAAUAGGUAAUAGGUAUAAUCACUAGGUCAGGCCGUUUACUCCGCUCAGCAAGCAGCAGCAACAGGUCUAUUAUUCUUUCUUUUCUUGGAAUCUAUACACCACACUGCAUAAACCACUCGGAUAGCUUAGCAAGCUUAGUUGACAAUGAUAGUAGUGUACGGUACCCGUUCUGAAUUGGGGCUCGGCGGAUCUUUUAUCACACUAAAAGAUUAUGUACGGUAUUGUCCAACUAAGCCGCUAACAUAGGGCGUCAGAUUAUGGGCUUCUACAAUAUGUAAGUUAAUUGUUUGGAUAUUAGAUACCUGCUACCUUGUUAGUUGUACCCAAAUAUUAACUAAUAGGAUCUGAAAUUAAAG